GCAAAGUGCAAAUAAAACGCCAUGAUUGUCGAGAAGGCACGAGGUGUUUACAUUACACAUUGGUCCUGUUGUCGGCGAAAUGGAUACACGGAGAGAUUCAAGUGAUAUUGAAGAACGAGCGAAUGUUACGAGUAGGCGCGCAUUACGACGCAAUCAAGAAACGGACAAUCCUUGUUACAAGGAGCACCUCCAGUCCCUAAGGUGCCUUGAGUCCAAUCAGGCAGAUCGCAACGCGUGCGAGCCUUAUUUUCUUAAUUACAAGAAUUGUAAAAAUUUCUGGCGGGAUCAUUUUUCUUUACAGGCUUCCGUGCAGCAAGACCGCAAAUUGAAGGGCAUCGAACCAUAUCUGCCACCUCUGGAGGAGCGCGUCAAGAUAAAGGCUGACUUCUUAAACUCUAGGUAGUGAUUGAUUCGCGCACAUACGCCUUACUUUGUAAAAAUAUCUUUUAUUCCGUGAUAUCUCCUUCGGUGUCUCGCAAUAUUAUAUUACACUAAUAUAUUACGUAUGUAUAUAUAGUCCAACAAAGUUUACAUAUAAGCGUGAAAACUUAUUAAACUCACAUUGGAAAGAAA